AUGGCCCUCCUGGCUCUCCCCCUGGCGCUGCUGGCAAUGACCAUGGCCACCACAGCCGUCGAGGAAAAGCCCCUGGACAUGGCCCCGAACUCCUUUGAUGACCAGUACCAGGGCUGUGGCCCUGCCAUGAAUAAGGCAUUGCCGGCCCUGAACUGCUCCGAAUUCCUGAAGAAUUCUCUGUUUGCCCAGGUCUGGCCUAGAGCCGUGACUGAGUGGCAGUGUCGGGGGUCCCCACUGUCCCCUCUGUCAUCCUCAGCCCAGGCCAUCGCCCUCAUGGCCUACACCAUGGAUGAUCUGUACAGGGACUUCAACAAGAAUGUGAGUGUGGCUGGGCACUCCCGCCAGCAAUACCGCGACAAGUUCCACUUCAAAACUCUGCAUUUCCUGCUGACCGGGGCUGUGCAACGGCUGCGGGAUGCCCAGGGGAAGAAAUGUCGCUGGGUGUUCCGAGGGGUGAAAAAGUACAAGUACAAGGCAAAGGUUGGAGACAUCGUACGGUUCGGUCAAUUCACAUCAUCAUCGAUUUGUAAAAAUGUCAUCAAAAAUUUCGGGAACACCACGGUGUUCAAGGUGCAGACGUGUCACGGUGCGUACAUCAAGGAGUUCUCCAAAUAUCCCAAUGAGGAGGAGGUGCUGAUCCCACCCUUCGAGAAGUUCAGGGUCACUAAAGUCAGCGACAAUGGGGAUAACGUGCAGAUCAAACUCAACUCCGUCGGGACCUACAGCAAAUACAACUGCGAGUGGCUGAGAGGUGGAAACGUCCCCAGGGCCCCCUGCCACCUUUGAGGACUCCUCUUGGCCACCACAGCCCUGGCACUGGCCACUGGCAUCCUCUGAGCCACCAAGCC